AUGGCAUCAGCCUCUGGCACUACAAAUCCAUCAAAAAAACGUAAUACAUUCUUCAGUAAUUUUCUGUCAUCAAAAAAUUUGUCGAUAUUUCGAAAUAAAACAUCCACAGCAACCAAUAAUACGAAAAAUGUUUCAAAAGAAUCUCAACAUUAUAAAUCACAAAUCAAUGUAAAUACACAGCAAACACCAGUACCAAUGUGUAUUGGACGUGGUUGGCUUAAAAAACAAGUAAAACGACCCAUAUCACUCGAUCUUGAUCUGGUCAAAACUAUUGUACAACAAUCGACAAUAAACAAUAAUGAACAACUACUUGAAGAGCAUCAACAACCGUUAAAUAAUAUCGGUACGAUAAUGGAUCGCUUGUCUGUUUUGUAUAUUUAUCUCUUCAUAGGAAAUAGCUAA